CAUAAGGGACGCAUCCCCCGCUCUUGGAUCUGUUGCUCCUUCAUUUAUUUUUUGUUGGUUGUGUGGUUAUCGAUCGUGGUGUUGGUUGUUGUCGUCUUCGCGCCUGUGAGUGGUGGUGGUGGAGCUAUGUAUGGUUCGACUACGAGAAAUGAGAUUGCCAACCUACCUUUCGAUGAACUGGCCAAAUGCGCAGACAACUCAUUUUUCGAGGGAUUGAACAUUUCAUCAACUCUCUGAAAAAGGGGAUGAAUCUGUCAUCACUCUCUCGGUUGAACAUUCUCUUUCCCGAAAACCAACCUCGAUGAUGCGGUGCCGUCGAACCCGAUGUGGUGGGGUGCCUUGUCCGACGACAGUGUGCAGGGGGUGCAACGGGAGUAUUAUUUCUCAUCGAUUAACAAAGAUACAGGGGACUAACGGCGAGAUCACGGCUCGCAAUUCUAGGAAAUCAAAGUGAGGAAAUCACGGGCCGAGUCUGGGGCUUGAGAGUGGGAUACUCAUGAUAGGGCUUGGUUGAUUUCCCUCUUGAACAGAGGUCUCAGGUGAGUGAGUGUGUGGGCGAGAAAGCGACUCGAGACUCGAGAGAGAGAUAACCACGAUCUGUGUGUGCGUGUAUCUCCCUCUCUCUCUCUCUCUCGAAGGGGAUCGAUAGCAUCCAACCAUUAACAACCAACCCAUCCAUCUCUCAUCUCUCAAUCAAUCCCCACUAACCCCGAUCCGCGCAUCUGAGAAGUUGAGAGCGGUUUUCGGACCAAUCAGAGGGGACAGCUGACAUGACAGAAUUUAUCUCGCAAUGGGCAGUCUUUUCUUUGUUCCGAAAGAGCCAAGAGAACCAGGCAAGUCAUACUUACUCUAGGAGAAGCCCGUUCGGCCAGUUCAGCACACACACACAAGUACCCACGGCUUUUUCCGAUUUUUGCUACUCGGAAGGGAAAGUGACUGACUGACUGACUGAUCUCUGGGGAUCCCGGGAGACGGAAACGACGGACGCCAACGAAACGGCCACCACGGAUGACCACGCACACACGAUUUGAUUCUCCACGUCCCACACACGCUACUACCACUUACUGCCGCUACUAUUAUCGUUACUACUGCGUUAUUGCGUUACUACUGUUACUACCGGUGCAUAUCCGAAGAAAAAGGUACGACUGACUGACAACCAAGCUUGUGUGUGUGUACGUACUGGACCCUUCUGGACCGUGGGAAAGGCCAAUCUGCAACCUGCAAUCUCCAAUCUGCAUCCAGUCUCUCUGGGAUUACCUGGGAUACUAUUACCCGUUACCCGUGCCUGCCUUACCACCACCCACCGCCUUCUUUCUCGUGGCACAGCACAGCACAACACAGAACCCACGCACAUCCACGCACACUCACGCAUCCACACACUCACACACAGACGCACGACGCCUCAAGGCCUUACCUUGCCUUACCAGGUUGACACCUUCCCCCGUCUCCAAACCUGUCACUCAACCUCCCACAGCCCACAGCUAUCCCACCACCGCCUCCUACACACGCACACCCCUCAUCCGGGUUGAACUGACGCUCAUCCCCGUCGCCGUCUUUAUCGUCCCCGCACACCUUCCUCCCCCUCUCAUUCGAUCAUUCCCAUCCCCAUCCUAUCCCCGUUGGUCGUUCCAGGGUCCAACGACCGGCUACCAACGUCAUAUUUGAAUCAAAGAGCGGUGGUUCUUUUAUUUAGGAUUUGCUGCUAAGAGUCCCAACCAAGACCCUACUACUGCUACCCUUCCCUACCGCGCAUCAAAUAGAACGUCUACGAGAAGGAGUGCGGAAGGUACAUACAUACACCUGCCUGUCUACCAGCCUAAUACAGUAAUUGUCAUUCCACACAUCCAAAGAAAAAGGUCACAGUCACGGGUACCAGCCUUACUUAAUCUCUGGCUCUGAUCUCUCUCGUCCCCCUUCCCCCCAUUCAAUUUCUCAAAAUUUCGCCUAUUUCUCACACCAUCCCCAAUCCGGGUAAGCGGGGCUACUCUGUAACUAGUCGCACCUUCGCAAUCGACCGCCGGAGGAACAGAACAACCUGGAAGCUCAAGUCCACUGUAAACCACCGAACAACACGCGCCUGCCUUAGAUGGGUAGCCAUCCGGCGUCACGAAUAUGAGCUCCUGGAUGAACGACGCCGCUGCCGUCCACAAUCACAAUGGCGCGGCCUUCAACCACCUCAACGACCCCAAUAUGGGCGCGAACAUGCUCGACCCCAGCGCGUUCAUGGGCACUCCCACUGGCAACUUCGUCGACCCAUCGCAGUUCCAGAAUCAACAGAUCCAGCGCAUGCAGAAUGGCGGCAUGCGAAAUGCGUCCCCUUCAUUCAACAGCCCCGUCUAUCAAACGAACCCUGUAGUACCAUCAAAGCGACCGCGACCGAGGGAAGACAGCCUGGGCACGUCGCCGCGUCAGGCUCCCGGGAUGCUGCCCGCGUCGCGGUCGCAAACGCCACAACAAAGCUAUCCUGGCUUUAACGGAAAUCCUAGGGAGGCGACACAGCAUGCGCCUCAGCCAACGCCCUAUGCACAUCUCCAACACAACGGCUCAGCCGAUGCGAGCCCAUCGCCCGUGAUGGGCAAUCAGCUCCGACCUGGCGCUGUCCCACAGAGGGUGUCCACCGCGUCUCCUCACCCCUUCUCCCCUGCCGUGCAGCAGUUUGCGCCUUCGCCAUCACACUCGGAUCACACGAAUCGCGUCGAAACUCCCCAGGCACAGGCGCAAUACGCGCAAAAUCCUGGCUUUGGCCCAGGGUAUAAUCAGCCGUUCACGCCGCCGCAGGGGCGGAACGCGCCUCCUCCACAACAGCAAGGGGCGAUGCAAACACCCCAAAUGCAGCAGAUGCAUCAACAGCCACAGAUGCAACCUCCUCAAAUGUAUCAACAGCAGCCUCAACAACCACAGCAGGCUCAGGCGCAGAUGGACCAACAGAAUAAAAUGAUUUAUCAGAUGCAAUUGCAGCAGCAGCUCAAUUCGCGAGGUCUGAUGAAUGCGCAACAACAGGCGGCGCGGAUGCAGGGUAUGCCGCAGAAUCCGAACGCGAUGGUGAAGCCACAGAUGCCUGGCGGCCCUAAUGGCCAGUUUCCUCAAGGGAUGCGGCCUCAACAGUCGGCUGUGCCUCGACCGAAUAAUCCUGAGCAGUUUAUGCGGAAUCUUUCGCAGUUCAUGCAAUCGAAGGGACAACCUCUCGACGUAAACCCGAUUGUUGGUGAUAGGACUAUCAAUCUUGUCAUGCUAUACAUGGCUGUCACAAAGUAUGGAGGAUACAGAAAGGUUCACCAGCAAGGUUUGUGGCCACAGGUAGCCCAAACUCUACAGUUCAACCCGAUCCAGAUGCCAAGCGCGCCAGCGCAGAUCAAGGGACAUUACGAGAGGAAUCUUAUGAUGUUUGAAGACGCGUUUGCCUCCCAGCAGCGCCAGAAGGCUAUGAUGCAGCAGAAUGCGAAUAUGGCUGGCCAUCCUCAAAUGUCGCCGACGAAGCAGCUUAGCAUGCAGAGUCAGAUGGCUCAGCAGCAGCAGCAGCAACAACAGCAGCAACAGCAGUUUAUGAACCGACAGGCUCAGCAGCAACAUAUGGGUCAACAGUCACCGCCUAUUGGAAUGCAGCAACAGGCCCUCCAGACACCCGUUAAACAGAUGCCUCAACAGGGACAGCAGGUAGCUGUAAAUGGCUUCUCGACACCGCAGAUGCCAAACCAAGCGCAGCAAAAUGCACAAGCACACGCGCGGGCAAUGUCGCGGAGUAACGAGGGCACGCCGAUGCAAAAUGGCGCGCCCUUCGCGGUAUCGUCUCCAACGCCACUGAGCAAACCUGGCAGCAUGACACUUCAGUCUACUCACGAGAUCCAAAUCGAAGAGAAGAAGCCGAAAUCGUCAGCAUAUGAGCCGAGGACGCGCCCGCUGACUACUUGGGGAGGUGUAAAUCCUGAGGCGUUGGAGAAUCUGUGCAUUGAUCUGGUUAAUCUGAGGCCGAAUGUGCCUAGUGUUCCUGAAUUGGGAGUUAUUGAUAUUCAUGCACUGACGAUGAGUCUACAAUCUGGGAUUCACUCGGAAGUGCGUUUGGCUCUGGAUACGCUGGUGACUGUCUCGGUGGAGCCGAGGGUUCAGCUUGAUCUGAGGGCUUGUGGAGAUCUUGUUGAGAGUAUUGUCGACUGUGCUGAGGAACAAGUCGAGUUGCUCGCAGAGAAUGCCGCGGAGGUGUCUGAUGUAAUGCUAAUCAGCUCAUACGAAGACGUUGCUCGCGGCUGCCGACUCGAGCGAGAAGGAUUACAAGACGUCCCUCUCUUCGGAACCGUGGAGUACGAACUAGACCGUUCCGUGGAGCGCCUAAUCUGCAUCACGACCAUCCUGCGCAACCUCUCCUUCUACGAGACCAACCACCCCCUCCUCGCCGAUAAACCCGUCAUCACCUUCCUCUGCACCGUGGUCCGCUACCUCGGCACGCGCAACAUGCUCCUCCGCACCCACUCCAACACGCUCGACCUGAUGAAGGACCUCAUAAUCUUCUUCUCCAACCUCGCCCAAGCCGUCGAGAUCCCCGGCAAAGAGCAAGCCCUCUGCCUCCUCCACUUCCUCCUCGCCUUCUCCCCCUGCCCGCCCCCCGUCAACCCGGGAUCGGAUAAAGUCAUCUUCUCCCCCUACGACCCGGCCAUCCACCGCUACCUCGCCCCCGCAGUCGAUAGCUGGGCCAAGCUCCUCGCGAGGGACGAGCCGAAUCGCACGUUCUAUAAGAAGAUCUUCGCGUCGGACGUCACGUCGUCUCCGCCGUACGAGCUCCUGACGAAAUCCUUCGCCCUGGCUAUCUCGCCCAUCCCGGGACAUAAACACGAUUCGGGACGCGCGGGCAUGAUGGCCGUCGUCGACGCGCGGAAACCCCACUUGAUGCAAGGCAUGCUCGCAGCGGAGAUCAUCUCCGGCCUUGUUCCCGGCCCCGAAGUCCCCAUCGCGCGGUCCUGGCUCACGUCUGAAGAUGGGUUCGCGCAGAGCCUGUUGAGGUUGAUCACGGUCCUAUCGACGGAGCCGCCGUCGAGCGUGCCGCCGCCGCCGGGUGCGAGGGGUGGGCAGCAGGGCGCGGCGGCGGCGGGGAGGAGUGCGGAUGAUGAGGCGUUGUUGCAUAUUACGCUUAGUGGGAUUACGGUCUUAAGAAGGUUGGGAUGA